UCCUCACAAUACAAGCAAAGUGCAACAAACAAUACCAGUUCCCCCCUCCAUCCAACUCUAAUCAACAUCCUUACCAUUAUUGCAAACCGUAAAACGCAAUAAUUGACUCGUCAUUCCCCCGACGCUGACCAGGCUUACGAAGGUUACGAGUCACGAAUCAAGAUAAGCUUAUCGCUCGCCAAGUCCAACCCAAGAACUCUGAUCCCUCUUGGCAUAUCCAAUAUUCUUUUCCUUGGAUGCAAUGCAAUGCAAUGCUUUUCUCCUUCCUGAUUUAGAAUUGUGGCAUUUCUCUUGGCUCUUUGCGGGCAAAGCAGCCCAUUUACUCUACGAGUAGCUGGUGAUGAUGAUGAUGAUGAUGAUGAUCAGUGCAUGCUGCAGCCAGUACUGUACAGCUUACUUAGUAUUGUUCGUUUCUUGAUUCGAUCGAAAUACCAACCUUACUGUACAGUACCUAUCAUUUUGGGCACUAUUUCCUUGCAUUGCAGCCACAACCACCACCAGCCACCGACAGAACGGCCAAAGAUACGCCGACAUAAGUCCUAAUAAUGCCAAGCGGCUUGUUUCCUUCCCUUUGCAGCUGGCGGGGUUGAGAUUGUGUGAAUUUGUGGAGGCAAAGGGGGGCUUGGUUAGUGUUAGUGGGGAGGUACUGUACCGGGCUACGUACUGUCGGAUAUGCUGAAGCGCUGGAAGUCUGGGAAGUGAAGAUAUCCUGGCUCGCCUGGUUUCUUCGCCUUCGAGAACGAUGCUUCGGUCCUUCCGUACAGGGCAAGGGCAAGAGCCAAGAAAGAUACAGGAAGAGAUAAGCUGGAGCUGGGAUUGGCCAGGAACAGGCACUGAAUGCAGGGUAGUUGUACCGCACCGCAUCACCGGGUCUGUCGCUUUCUUGUUGGCUGGGGUUGGGGAUUGCGGUUGGGGUUGAGCUUGGUAGUGGGAAUGACAGAAAUGGCAGGCAGGCAGGUAGUCUUGCAGUCUGCAGACAAAGAGGACCUGCACUAGAUUGGAUUGUCGGGCAGCAUGGGGAGGGGAGGGGAGGGGAGGGGAGGGGAUGGGAGACCAGAGCAGCACCGUCGAUCGUUUAUAAAGAUCUCAAGCUUCCCCCUGGUGCAUAAGUAGUUUGGUUUCCCAGCCCAGGCUAUUCUGGAAACUUUCUCGAAAGGCCUCAUUGAAGCUUCGUUCAGGUCAGGUCAAUCCAGUCUAGUGAAGCCCAUAUUGGUGCCGGUACUGUACUUGGAUCAUCUCAGCCUCACGUACCUGAUUGACAGCCUUGUUCCGUCACCAUGCGUUUCUCUUCCGUUGUUGGUGCUUUGGCUGCUCUCGCUGCCUCGGCAUGUGGAAAGGAGCUGGAGAAGGAUGCUGCUCGAGCUGCUGAACUCUAUGACUCCGGUCUUGUUCACCAGAAGAUUUUCAAUGCUAAGUUGGCAUUCUUCGAGGCUGAACAAGCUGCUGGUUCAUACGAUACCUCCAUCUACCCCAGACUCAACUACACGAAAUGUGUGAAUGGGUACGCUGCAGCUAUCCCGGGCGACCCCUUGCACACUUUUAAGUGCAAGAACAUGGACCUGUACGACUUUAUUAACCAUGCAUCUCUCGGAUCGCCUCUCUUCAACACGCAGUACAACCAGACUGGUAGCUCGGUCUGGGGGUGGACCGACCCUGAGUCUGGGGGAGAGAUCAUUGCUGCUGGACUCUUCCAAGGAACCUCAAUGAUUGAGAUCCUCCCAAUUGGCCGCAUGGUCUACCUCGGAAUGCUCCCAUCAUACUCCAAGCUUGAUAACAAUGCUUUGUGGCGUGAAGUCCGUGGUUACAAGCAUUACGUCCUCAUCGCCAGUGAGCUUUCCGGUCACGGUAUCCAAAUCUUCGAUAUGUCGAAGCUUCUCGACGUCGACCACGCCAAAGCCCCUGUCAUGUUCGACAACGUGGUGGGAUCGGGUAUCGCCGGUCACUUCGCUGAUGUCCCGCUCGGUCGCAUCCACAAUGUUGUUAUCAACGAGGAGCUGGAGUAUGGUGUUGCUGUUGGUGCGCAGCCCAGAACGGGACCUUGCAAGGCUGGUUUGAUCUUCUUCUCGUUGAAGGAUGUCAGCAACCCAGUUACGCUUGGUUGUGAUGGCCAGGAUGGAUAUGUUCAUGAUGCUCAAUGUCUUGUCUACCAUGGUCCAGAUACCAAGUACGAGGGACGUGAUAUCUGCUAUGGUUAUAACGAGGAUACUCUUACCAUCUACGAUGUUACAGACAAGAAAGCCUCAAAGGUCAUCUCCAGAACUUCAUACGAGGGAGCUUCUUACACUCAUCAAGGAUGGGUUUUGGACACCAAAUGGCAAGAGUGGCUUAUCAUGGACGAUGAGUUCGAUGAGGAGGAGUUUGCCGGCCCAGCUGCAGAUGGAUAUCCAGUGACCUAUAUCUGGGACAUCCGAUCUCUCGAAGCCCCCAAGCAAACUGGACUCUACAAGGCAGCCGUCAAGGGAAUCGACCACAACCAAUACGUGAUUGACGGUCUUUCUUACCAAUCCAACUACGGCGCCGGUUUCCGCGUCUACGACGUCUCCUCCAUCCCCUCCGACCCGACCGGCAACUCCGUCUGCGAAAUCGCCUUCAUGGACAUCUACCCCGAAGACGACGCGGUGGAAGGCGGCGGCAUAAUCGACUACUUCGGCACCUGGGGCUCCUACGCCUACUUCAAGUCCGGCUUCAUCUUCGUCAACACCCAAGAGCGCGGCGGCUUCCUCAUGAAGAUGACCAAGAAGGAAGCUUGUAAGCCGAAGUCCUGCAACGCGGAUAACUGCCUGAGGGCGAUGCGCAGUACGAGCGUGAAGGGCCGCUUGGAGGAGAGUCAGGCGUUUUGUGGCGAGUUUACGAAGACUUUUGUGGCGGAUGUUAGUGUGGUUAAGGAGUAUGCUAAGGGUCCUUGUGCGGGGAAUUUGAUCUCGAGGGUUAGUAGUGCGUGUAGUUGUUUGCCGACUGUGAGUGCCAGUCCGUAGGUGAGG